AUGUCGUCGUGGUGCGGUCCUUCACGUCGUCAAGUCAAAUACGAUGUCUUCCUCAGUUUCCGAGGUGGAGACACACGUAAAAACAUCAUUAGCCAUUUGCACAAAGAACUUGUGAGACAAGGAAUACGUACAUUCAAAGACGACGAAACGCUCGAAACAGGAGACCGUUUCCCUGAAAGACUCCGUGAAGCCAUCAACACGUCGAGGUUCGCCAUUGUGGUUAUCUCGAAGAACUACGCUACUUCGAGAUGGUGCUUGGAAGAGCUUCGAAUGAUAAUGAAGCUUCAACGGGAGAAAAAGAUUGCUGUGAUUCCUGUUUUCUAUGAAGUGGAUAUCUCUGACGUUAGAAAUCAUCGAAGUGGUUUUGGUUUAGUACAACAUCACAAAGAUCCCAAGAUUCCAUUCUGGAAAGAUGCGCUUAGGGGAAUCGCAAACACACAAGCCACCGAGUCAAGAAAAUGCAAGGACGAUGCCACGUUGGUUGAGGGAGUUGUUGAACUUCUUUCAGACAAGUUGUUGUCUAUGUUGCCAAUGGACCUCGGGGAUAUGGUUGGUAUGGAAGCUGACAUGGACCAAAUCGAACAUCUCUUGGACAUGUCCUUUAGGACCAAUGAGGUUCGCAUGGUAGGAAUCUGGGGAAUGGCAGGCAUUGGCAAAACUGCCAUAGCCAAGAAUCUUUAUCAAAAACAUAAACACCAUUUCAAGAUUCAUCAUUGUUUCAUGGAAAAGGUUUCUUCUCUGAAAGCAAAGAGUCCCUUAGAUCUACAGAAAUGGCUUCUUUCAGAUAUUCUUCGGAAAAAAGAUCUCAAGGCACUGAACCUUGGCCAGGGAGCUCCUUGUAUCAAGUCAAGGCUCGUAAACCUAAAAUCCCUCAUUGUUAUUGAUGAUGUGGACGAUGUGAAACAGCUGGAUGCCUUGGCAAAAGAGGCUAGUUGGUUUGGACCAGGGACACGAAUCAUCAUAACAACACGAGACAAGAGCUUGCUCAACUCCUCCUCCUGUGCCGUGUACAAAGUUGAGUAUCUGAAGGAUGAUAAGGCACUCCAGAUCUUUCAGCGGUUUGCUUUUCAAGGAGCAGAACCUCCUAUUGCCUACAAUGAUCUUUCUAUAAGUAUCUCUCAGCUUGCUCAAGGUCUUCCUUCUGCCCUUGAGGAUUUCGGCACUUAUCUCCGCGGCAAGUCCCUAGUGGAGUGGCGAGAUGCUUUGAAAUCGUUUCGGGAAGCUCCUCUCGAGAAAACCAUGGUGGACUUGAAAAGUAGCUACGAUGGUUUAGAUGAACUCGGUAAGGCGGCUUUUCUUCAUGUGGCAUGCCUUUUCAAUGGAGAACCUGUCCGGCGAGUCAGGAAACUUAUUGGUCAAGGUAAAGCCGGAAUGAGAGUUUUAAAGGAAAAGUCUCUCAUCAAGGUGUCUUCUGAUAGGCGUAUAACUAUGCACCGUUUGCUGGAGCAAAUGGGGAAACAUAUUGUGCGUCAAGAGUCAAACAACAACCCUUCUCAGCAACGUAUCUUGUGGCACCAUGACGACAUCCUUCGAGUACUUGAUACCAAUACAAGUAAGCACUUAAUUGAAGGAGUGGUGCUAGAUGUUUGUGAAUUGCGCGCUGGAGUUCACAUCAACUGGGAUGAUUUCAAGCCGAUGUAUAAUCUGAGGUUUCUUAAGAUAUAUAUCUCUAACCAAUCAGGAGUUUUACAACCAUGGAAGGAAUAUAUGACUCUAGAGAACAAUUUCAGUGUACAUAAGCUUAGGUUUCUACAUUGGGAUGCAUAUCCUUUUACAACCUUGCCUACCAGUAUCAGUCCAGAUUGUCUUGUUGAACUAAAGCUGUGUUACAGCAAGCUCAAGACCCUUUGGCGUGGAACACCGAAACUUGUGAAACUGAUGAAACUAGAUUUGACCGGAUCUAAGGAUCUAACAAAACUUCCAAAUCUCAAGGAAGCAAAGUCUCUAGAGGAGUUGAUACUGAAAGGUUGCAGCUCCUUGGAACGGAUUCCACACUCCAUAUGCAAACUAUCUAGACUCCAGAAAGUUGAUUUGUCCAACUGUGAUAGGCUGGAAAAGCUGAACAUCAGUAUAUCGGAUUCUAAAGAUAAUGGCUUUGAAGACACAAGCACGUGCCUUAGAUCAGUCUUCAUGUUUUUCUUUGGCACAGAGCCGUUUGUGGGAAAUAAACUGGGGUGCUCUCUUACAGACCCAUCAAUCAGAGGCAACUUACAAAUCUACUUGAAGCUUCUUGAAGGAUCUGCAGAUCAUCUAUCUUUUGUUUCUGAGAACCACGUCUGUCAUGACGUGGACCUCAAGUCACCUCCCUACGGUUUUAAAUCACUGGACAUCAUGCGGUGUAAGUGGGUUGAGAAGGGUAGUGAGUCCAAAUGUAAUAGCUUCUCAGGGUUUCCUUGGUUACAGGAGUUAAAUCUCAUCAACCUAAACAUCAAGAAGAUCCCAGAUGACAUUGACCAGAUGCACGUCCUGGAGAAGUUGGACCUCAGUGGGAAUCUCUUUGAGAAGUUACCUACGACGAUGAGUCAUCUCACCAAGUUGAAACAUUUGACGCUUUCCAACUGCCGCAGCCUUGAAGGACUGCCAGAACUAUCUCAGGUUGAGAGUCUAACACUUUCUGACUGUACCAACCUCCGAACUCUGGUGAAGAAACAUCAAGGAACAACAUACAGUCUGCUUGAGCUUUGGCUUGACAACUGCAAGAAAAUCGAGUCAUUACCAAAUGAGCUUAAGCAUUUCACCAAGCUGACAUGUUUAGAUCUCAGCAGACACGAUUUCAAGACAAUAUCGUCAAAGAUGGUGGGCGAGCUAACCUCAUUGGUAACUCUCAGUCUCAAUUACUGCAACAACCUUGUAUCACUGUCAGGGCUUCCACUAAGUCUCAAGUGUUUAAAUGCACAUGGCUGCAAGUCUUUAAAAACUUAUUCCCUUCAGGCCGCGCAUUCAGAUCUUAGCCCUUGCCCCAAUGGGAAGGACUAUAGUUCAUUCACUAGGUUUCCAGCUGGAAGACGCAGUAAAGAGUAUGUGCUUGUCCCUGCUUCCAGGAAACAGCAACACGUCGUAAGGUCAAACAUGUGA